GUGUCUGUCAAGCUGCUGCUGAUGGUUGGUCGGUUUAAUGGUGGAAAUUGCGAGAGGUUUUUCAGCUCCGUGAUGGAACUAUAAAACCCGCUUCGUCGGAUUUGUCAAUUGUUGAGUUGUAGAGACGUCUUGUUUCGUUACCCAGUUGCUCAAUUUUGCUAGGAGAGUAUAAGAGUGCAGGAUUGUGUGAGAGGUUUUUGUGUGAGGGGCUUGAUUGUGAAAAGGAGUCAAAUGGUGGAAAAAACGGAGGAUGCUCCUGUUGGAGCGGUCCCCGAGGAUGCGAAUCAACAUUGUCCUGGGACGGAGGCUGAACAGGCCGGGAAAGCGUCAGCAUGCGAGGGGUGUCCUAACCAGCAAAUAUGUGCUACUGCUCCUAAAGGACCAGAUCCAGACCUUGUAGCGAUUGAGGAGCGUAUGCGUACUGUGAAACACAAAAUUCUAGUUUUGUCUGGAAAAGGAGGAGUUGGCAAGAGCACAUUUGCUGCACAGCUAUCAUUUGCAUUAGCUGGUUUGGAUAAGCAGAUAGGGCUUCUUGACAUCGAUAUAUGUGGACCUAGUAUCCCUAAAAUGCUUGGCUUGGAGGGUCAAGAGAUUCAUCAGAGUAACUUGGGCUGGUCGCCGGUGUAUGUGGAAGACAAUCUUGGGGUUAUGUCCAUUGGAUUCAUGCUGCCAGACCCAGAUGAAGCUGUAAUUUGGCGAGGACCCCGGAAGAAUGGUUUGAUUAAACAGUUCGUCAAGGAUGUUGAUUGGGGUGAUCUGGACUACCUGGUGGUUGAUGCUCCCCCUGGCACCUCUGACGAGCACAUUUCUAUAAUGCAGUAUUUGAAGGCCAGCAAUGUAGACGGGGCCAUAAUUGUCACUACUCCGCAGGAAGUCUCGCUUAUUGAUGUGAGGAAAGAAAUCAACUUCUGUAAGAAAGUAGGGAUCAAGGUGCUUGGUGUUGUUGAGAACAUGAGUGAACUGCGUCAGCAGCUGGAGAGCGCAGAGUUCAAAAGCGUAGAUGCACAAGGCGAGGAACAGGAUGUGACAAAUGAGGUGCUAGAUGUUCUGAAAAGUCAUGCUCCACACUUAUUGUCAAGUUUUGUUGCAACGUCGGUGUUCUAUGGUGGAGCGGGAGGUGCUGAAAAGAUGUGCAAGCAGAUAAAAGUUCCAUUCUUAGGUCGGAUUCCUUUGGAUCCAAAGCUUGGAAAGGCAGCAGAUGAGGGACGAUCAUGUUUUGGUGACAGGGAUUGUAGUGCCAGCGCCGCAGCCCUCCGCACAGUUAUCAACAGAAUUUUGUCAGUAACUGAGAAGGGUGCUGGAGUUUCAGUGUAGAGCAAGUUGGGGGAGUUAAUAGUUGAUUGGUUUCAUGUGCAGCCUCGAACAAGAUGUGUACGAGUAAAACACGGCUUCCGUUCUUGAAAUAUAAUAAAUUUUGGUGAUGCCGUAAGAUCGUCAUGCAA